GCGCAGUGAGCUCACCUGUAAACAGAAGGCGGUUGGGGCAACGGAGGAUGGUAAAGAAGCGUCUGGGGACUCUGUUCAACCGAAGGAUGAUAAAGCUCUUGAUCGCACUUGCACUGCUUGCAUACGUAGCCUCCGUUUGGGGAAAUUUUGUGAGCAUGAGAUCAUUGCAAGAAGAAGGAGAUCAGAAAAUUGAGAGGAAAAUAGAAGAGGCCUUAGCACCUUUGAAAGAGAAAAUUAGAGAAAUAGAAACAAGCAUAUCUCAAAAAUAUCCUCCAGUAAAAUUCCUGUCUGAAAAGGAUCGCAAAAGAAUUCUGAUAACUGGAGGAGCUGGAUUUGUAGGUUCUCAUCUUGCUGAUAAACUCAUGAUGGAUGGUCAUGAAGUAACGGUCGUUGACAACUUUUUCACGGGCCGGAAAAGGAAUGUGGAACACUGGAUUGGGCAUGAAAACUUUGAAUUAAUCAAUCAUGAUGUUGUAGAACCAUUAUAUAUUGAAGUGGAUCAGAUUUAUCACCUGGCUUCACCAGCAUCUCCUCCAAAUUAUAUGUAUAACCCAAUCAAGACACUGAAGACAAAUACUAUUGGGACAUUAAACAUGUUAGGAUUAGCAAAACGUGUUGGUGCACGCCUCCUGUUAGCUUCCACCUCUGAGGUAUAUGGAGAUCCAGAAGUGCACCCACAACGUGAAGAUUACUGGGGCCAUGUGAAUCCUAUUGGUCCAAGAGCCUGCUAUGAUGAGGGAAAAAGAGUAGCUGAAACCAUGUGUUAUGCCUACAUGAAGCAGGAAGGAGUAGAAGUUCGAGUUGCAAGAAUAUUCAAUACAUUUGGUCCUCGAAUGCAUAUGAAUGAUGGCAGAGUAGUGAGUAACUUUAUUCUGCAGGCUCUCCAGGGAGAAAGUCUGACAGUUUAUGGUUCAGGAUCGCAGACUAGGUCUUUCCAAUAUGUAAGUGACCUUGUGAAUGGAUUGGUAGUUUUGAUGAACAAUAAUGUCAGCAGUCCUGUGAACGUGGGAAACCCAGAAGAACAUACUAUUCUAGAAUUUGCCAAAUUAAUUCGGGGCCUUGUUGGGAGCAAAAGUGACAUCCUGCCUCUUCCAGAAGCACAAGAUGAUCCCCAACGAAGAAAUCCCGAUAUCAGGAAAGCCAAACUAUUGUUGGGAUGGGAGCCUGUGGUUCCUCUGGAAGAAGGCCUAAACAAGACAAUUGACUACUUCCGUAAAGAGCUAGAAUAUCAGGCAAAUAAUCAAUACAUCCCCAAACCAAAACCCGCUAAAACAAAAAAAGGCAGACUCAGACACACCUAAUGCACUAGAGCAAAGCAAGCCUUCAGCGUCACAGGGAAUAGAAUGAAAACUUGGCUUUUGAAGAACCUCCGAAAAAAAUAUUAAGAUUGAACUGGAAUUUGUUCUUUGAGCUUGCUUCUACAGAUGGAUGUGCCUAAAAAAAAAAUUCAGAUUUUUCCUUGCACUUUUUAAUCUGUUUUAUUUAAAGCAGCAUAGCAAUGUUGAGUGGCUGUUUUGUACUUUUGCUUUGGUUUGUUCUAUGGAACUGUUACUCAUUGCUGUGAAGGAUUUCUUAAUGAACCAUUUUACAUCAACAGAAGUGUUGAAAAUGGGAUUAUUUAUAACAAAUGAUACUGCUUAAUUUUGUCAUUAACGUAUGCAAUAACCUUCAACCAGGCUAACAGUGUUGUCGGGUGAGUAACAGUGACAUCUAGUGAUUGAUCUGCCAUGUAAAUGUUCCUUAGCUACAAAACUUUGCUCAAGCAUUUUUGAGAGUUGUAAAAUUGUUGUUUUUAAAUUAGGGAAUAUAUUUCUUUUUGUAAGAAUCUAUUUGUUAUAUAAGAGGUUUUUUUAAAAAAGGUAAUAAUUGCCUGAAUUACUGCUACAUUGUGUAUGUGCUUGGAGGGGAAAGAGUAUAACUAGGUAUGUGUUUUAAUUAUGCCGAUUUAAUAAAGUUUUGGUGGGGAUAUCAUAAAAAAAUCUAUUUUUACAUCAUUGAUUACAGAGAUGAGUUUUCUUCGAGGCAUUCAGUAAUUCAAAUGUCUUGUAAGGUCAUAAAAAUAUCUAUAUAGAUAUAUAUAUAUCUCCCGAAAACAAUUAUUAAAAUGAGACUUUUGACCUUUUA